UUGGUGGGACUUUUGUCGCAAAGCUUUAUCUUCUUGAGCAAUGAAUGCAAGUCUGCAAGUUGCUGCAACUGAUGACUAUAUCUACAUAUACAAUUUUAUUCCUUCGAAGCGCGGGAACCAAAUUUGGAAUGGAAGAGCAAGAGAUAGUGAUUGUUGGAGCUGGAAUUGCAGGUCUCGCAACAUCUUUAGGGCUGCACAGAUUGGGAAUUCGAAGCGUAGUUGUGGAGUCAGCAGAUAGCUUGAGAACUUCGGGAUUUGCUUUAGGAAUUUUAGCAAAUGGUUGGAGGGCACUGGAUGCUAUUGGCGUAGGCGACAUACUUCGCGCAAAACACCACAAAAUUAGCAGAAUUGUGACUACAUCGGUUAACUCUGGGAUUCAGACUGCUGAGCUACCAUUUAGGGCUUCGAAUUCACAGGAUGAUCUGGAGUCUCGGUGUGUGAAUCGGAGAGUGCUGCUGGAAACACUAGAAAAUGAACUUCCAAGAGGUAUAAUCAGGUACUCCUCCAAGGUGGUUCAUAUACAAAGUGAGGAUCGUGUCGAAUCUAUUCAUCUAUCCGAUGGAACUGUCCUGAAAACUAAGGUCUUGAUUGGAUGUGAUGGAGUGAACUCUGUGGUGUCCAAGUUCCUAGGCUUUAGUAAACCGGCUUAUGCUGGUCGAGAAGCUGUUAGGGGCUUCGUGUAUUUUAAGGAUGGGCAUGCUUUCGAGCCAAAGUUGAUGCAGUUCUUUGGGAAGGGUGUUAGAUUUGGUGUGAUCCCCUGUGAUGAUUAUAGUGUUUACUGGUUUUUCACCUUUAGUCCUUCAUCUCAAGAGAAAGAGAUGGUGGAGGAUCCGGCCAAGUUGAAGCUGUUCAUACUCAGCAAGCUGGGCAAGGUAUCUGAUGAGAUCAGGCGAGUAUUCGAGGAAACCGAGCUGGGAAACAUGGUGUGUGCGCCUUUGAGGUUCAGGUAUCCGUGGCAGAUGCUAUGGGGGAACAUAAGCAAAGACAACGUUUGUGUCCUUGGCGAUGCCUUGCAUCCUAUGACACCCGACAUAGCCCAGGGCGGCUGCUGUGCUCUAGAGGACAGUGUCGUUUUGGCCAGACUCUUGGGCGGGGCGUUGAAGGGGAGCGAUGGAGGCAACGAGCAUCGUGCAAUCCCAGAGGCGCUGGAGAAGCUGGCGAGGGAGAGGCGAUGGAGAUGCUUCGAUCUGAUUAGUACUUCGUAUGUUGUGGGUGUCAUGCAGCAGGGUGAUGGGCUGUUGGUGCAGUUUUUGAGGGAUAAGUUUAUGGCUAAGUUCAUGGCUGGAGUUGUGUUGAAGAAAGCUUGUUUUGAUUGUGGGGAUCUUUGUUGAUUAUGAUUUCUAAGUAUCAAAUGUAAGUAGAUGUUU